ACGACCAUGUAUCGUAGUAUCAGAUCGGCCCUGAAAAAACGAAAUGAAUUAUUUAAAAACUCAUAUGUUAGUGUCGCGUGGAGGAAAAGCGUCAAGUGUUAUCACAGUGAGAGUGGGGUCUAUGGAUAUCGCCCUAAGAAAACAACUUUCUUUGCUGUGUCACAAGAAAAACUGAAUGUUCGUGCCAAAUACAGUAAUUUCCAAAGACUGGUGACUGCUUACAGAGAGCACGCUCACAAGCAAGCAAACAUAGACCCCAUAUCAGUUUUAAGACCAGAGGCUGUGCUUGAAUUAGAUCCACAGAGAUAUGGGCUUGAUCUGAACGAUAUCGUGAAAUUCCGGGGGAUAAUUAACACGAGUAAAUCGGAGGGAACUGUUAGAGAGGCUGUAGACAUUCUCAAUGAACUCUACAUCCGUGAAAUUGGAGCUGAAUUCAGCCAUUUGGAGAGCCUGGAAGAGAGGGAAUGGUUCGCUGAGAGCUUUGAGAAGACUAGUACAGAAGAACUGGAUGAUGGAACAAAGAGGGCUAUCGCUACUGAAAUGUUGAAGAGCCAGGCUUUCGAUAACUUCUUGAAGAUUAAGUUUGUUUCUUUUAAGAGAUAUGCGGGAGAAGGGGCGGAAGCUAUGAUGGCGUUCGUCCAUGAAUUCUUCAAGUUAUCUGCAAAUGACGGAAUUGAGCAAAUUGUGUUGGCGAUGCCCCACCGCGGCCGUUUGAAUUUCCUCACUGGAAUGCUUCAGUUCCCUCCAGAGAAGCUAUUCCGCAAAUUAAGAGGGCUUCCAGAGUUCCCUGAUGAUGUAAAGGCCACUGGGGAUGUUGCCAGCCACUUCGUGUCCUCUGUUGAUCUCGACGUGAACAGAAAGAAGCUACAUGUGACUAUGUUGUAUAAUCCCUCUCAUCUCGAGGCUGUGAAUCCAGUGUCCAUGGGGAAAACUCGGGGAAUUAUGCAGAGUGUUAACGAUGGAGAUUAUGCAGAGGAUGGCAAGAGUAGGUGGAGUGAUAAAGUAUUGAAUCUACAGAUCCACGGAGACGCAGCUUAUGCUGGGCAAGGAGUAAACCAAGAGUCAUUAGCCCUUAGUGCAGUCCCCCACUUCGAAAUCGGUGGAACUGUCCAUUUGGUCGUCAAUAAUCAAUUGGGCUUCACUACGCCUGCAAGAAGAGGAAGGUCUUCGAGAUAUUGUACAGACAUUGCGAAAUCGAUCUCUGCGCCAGUAUUACAUGUCAAUGGUGACUAUCCGGAGAUGGUUGUAAGAGCAACGAGGAUAGCCUUCGCCUACCAGAGAAAAUUCCGAAAAGACGUAUUCAUCGACAUGAACUGCUUCAGACGGUGGGGACACAACGAACUCGACGACCCCACCUUCACAAACCCAAUUCUCUACAAAUUAAUUCAGAAUCGAGCAUCAGUUCCGGAUUUGUACAAAGCAAAAUUAGAAGACUCUGGAGUUCUCACUAAGAGUACAACCGAGGAAAUUGUCUCGAAUCACACAAAUUUCCUAGGGAAUGCUUUGAAGCAAGUGGAUAAUUACAUUCCUCAGCCCUCGUAUUUCACCCAUAGAUGGGCAGGGUUUCAGCAGGCGCAGUCGAGUCUCACUUCCUGGGACACUGGAGUGGAUCUUGGACUGCUAAAAUAUGUAGCCAGCAGGAGUGUAAAGGUCCAGGAUGACCUGGACAUCCACCCUCAGGUGAUGAAGAGCCAUGUUCAGGGAAGAUUGAAGAAGUUGGAAAGUGGGGAACAUCUGGACUGGUCGACUGCUGAAACCGCAGCCUUUGGGAGCCUUUUGUAUCAGGGAUACAACGUCAGGAUCAGUGGACAGGAUGUGGGGAGGGGGACUUUCUCGCAGAGGCAUGCCAUGAUUGUCAAUCAAUCCACAGGAGAAAUGUUCAUUCCAUUAAACUCAAUGGUUGAGGGACAAACCGGAAAAAUUGAACUGGCAAAUAGUAUUUUAUCCGAGGAAGCAGUACUUGGUUACGAGUACGGAAUAAGCAUCGCCUCCCCCAUGACCCUGACAAUUUGGGAAGCUCAAUUCGGAGAUUUCUUCAAUGGUGCUCAAAUCAUAAUAGACACAUUUGUAACGAGUGGAGAAACCAAGUGGAUGACAAGCAGUGGUCUGACGAUGCUUCUACCCCACGGAUGGGACGGAGCGGGACCUGAUCACACCUCCGGUCGUGUGGAACGAUUUCUCCAACUCACUGACAGCAAAGAGAACGCUCCUGACGGAGAUGAUGUUAAUUUCCAAGUCGUUAACCCAACAACUCCAGCACAAUAUUUCCAUCUACUGAGACGGCAGAUGGUAAGGAACUUCAGGAAGCCUUUGGUCGUUGUGGCGCCUAAAAUACUUCUUCGACAUGCUUCAGCUACUUCGUCACUCGGCGAAAUGGGACCGAACACGAGCUUCGAAAAUGUCAUUGCUGACAAUUUCCCAGACCCUUCAAAAGUCCAAAAGGUAAUAUUAGUAUCCGGAAAGCACUUCUACGCCCUGGAAAAACAACGAGAGCUUCAAAACGCGAAUAACGUAGCCAUAAUUAGAGUAGAGAGCCUCUGCCCAUUUCCCCUCUUAGAUCUGAACCACGAGCUUCAAAAAUAUCCUCACGCUAAGACUUUUAUUUGGAGUCAAGAGGAGCCGCAGAACAUGGGUGCCUGGAGCUUCGUAAAACCGCGAUUCGAGAAUUUAUGCGGUCGUCGACUUAAGUAUUGCGGUCGUGAGUCAUCACCAACACCAGCAGUUGGUGUAGCGCAACAGCAUCAACGAGAGGCGUUAGAAGUUGUCGUAAAACCCUUUACCAUGAAGUAAAAGAAAUAAUUGUGUAAAUAUGAUAAUAAAGAAUUAUUUUUUAACAGUUGACUCUUUCUGACUGUCAAAUCUUCGAUGCUCGUUCGUUAUAAGGGUUUUCAGUUCAUCCUGAAACAUAAAAUGAGAAAUGAGAAAUUUCAUGAAUUUUUGUUGAUUCUAUAAAUAAAUUUAAUAAAGAAAUUGCGAAAUAAGA